AUGAACGCCGUCUACGCCGAUUUCAUCACCGCAAAUCACAUCCUUUCCUACCACGGCAUCGUCGACGCCUUCGGACACAUAUCCAUGCGCGUCCCCACCGACCCCUCCACCUUCCUCAUGACAGGAUCCAUGCCGCCCGCGCUCAUGCGCACCGCAGACGACAUCGGCAGCUACGACGUCGAGACCGCCGCGCCCAUCUCCGGGAGCACCGACGGCCACGACUCGCCCUACUCGGAGCUGUCCAUCCACGCGCAGAUGUACGAGGCAUACCCCGACGUCGCAUGCGUCGUGCACUCACACGCAAAGGCCGUCGUCGCGAUGUCCAACUGCGACACGGACGACUCGGACAGGCCCACUGGGAUCCUGCGUGCGAUGUGGCACAUGGGCGGCUUCAUUGGCGCUGCCGGGGACGUGCCCAUCUUCGACCCGCAGCAGCUGGGGUGCUAUGAGCCUGAGGAGAUCGGGAUAACCGUGAACAAGCGCGACCUCCUUAUAUCGACGCCCUUCCUCGGGGGCGCGCUCGCGGGCUGCAUCAGCGAUUUCGAGCUUCCGCUGCCGCGGAUGCCGACGCACGCGCUGGUCCUGCAGCGCGGGCACGGCUUCGUGACGUGGGGCACGUCGCUGCGACAGGCGGUGUACCGCGCGGUGUACGCGGAGGAGAACGCGAAGGUGCAGCAGAUGUCGGAGGCAGUCGUGCGCGCAACGCCAGGAGCAAGGGGCAUAUAUUUGAGUGCGGCGGAGGCGCGGGAUGCGAAGGAGAUGAACGAUGGCGCGAUCGUGAAGGCGUGGCCGUUCUGGGAGGCGCAGGUACGGGCGCACCCGCUGUAUGUUAAUGAGCUUAGGCCUUAGAGGGUGUUUGGGCUGUGAGACUACUCACUUAUGUACUUCGAAUUGUAAAGCCUUUAGUAAAUGGCGGCUGUGUCUUGUAAUCGCUGCAGAGAGGAUCUUAUUUACAGCGAAGCUGUGC